AGCGCCUCCUGCUUCUGUCUUCUUUGGAAUUUCAGACGAGGGUGCUGAGCAGGCAGAGAGCUGGAACUCCGGGUCUGGUUCAGAUCUGUGCAGACCGGACAGGAACAGGACAAGGCACACAAGGUUCAGGCACAAAGAGAGAGAGCUAUGUCAAGAAAAUCAAGACUAAAUAUGACAUUUUCCAGGUUCUAACAAAAACAAGGGAGUUCUGCUGUUUAAAAGACAACACUAACAACUCAAGAAGUACACACUUGAAAAUUAAGAAAAUCCACUUUACAGCAAAACUCUUGUAGAAGAUUAGAUUAGCCAGGUAUAACUCAGGAGCCACAAGUGUCUAAGCUCGACGGACAAUAUUCUAAUUAUUAUUACCAGCAUUGAUUAAGAAGAGUGAGCUGGGGAAGAGUUAAAGAAAUGGAUGCACUACCAGAGACAAGAGGAAAAGGCGUUAUGAUGUUUGUUCAAAGACGCAAACGGAUUGACGAAUUUGUAUUAGAGCAGGAAGAACUGAGAAGUAAAGAGCCGCCGAUGAGUGCUACAAAAGAACCGCAAAGAACGGAGGAACAGAACAUUAUUGACACAAAGAAAGUGUGUGCCAAAGAGACCAAAUACAUCGGUGUGAAUCCAAAGAAGCAUUUGGAGCACCAUCAAGAUGCCCAACAGACAAACAACCUGUCCAACAUGCCAAAACCUUUGGUGCCGAACAGAACUGCAAGACCUUUCCCGGGGUUUCAAGCUGGCGUUAACGUUGCUGAAGAAACUCUUCAAGCCCCAAAGAAGGAUGAAGCAAAAUUCAAAGUGUCUGAGCCCCUAAACAGCAACCCAAAAGUCUGGUCCCCAACAGGAGACAUCAUUGCCUCAAGAGAUGAGCGCAUAUCUGUGCCAGCUAUAAAGACGGGCAUUCUUCCAGACUCCAAAAGGAAAUCUGCAAACAAGCAGCCGCCUGCAUCUGUACAAGCAUCUGAGCGCCAAAACAAAGGAGACAGGAGGUCCUACAUUGAACCAGAGGAAGACUGUUUUAGUUUGGGUGCUGAAGCUUGUAACUUCAUGCAACCCAGAACAAUUAAACUCAAAAAUCCACCUCCUGUUGCCCCAAAACCAACCAUCAACCCAGCCUGCCCGCCCUGGAUGACAAAGAGUCCUUCCAGUGAACUACAUGUUCCUUCAAGGAGUCCAAUCUCACAACUAUCUCGCAGUCCUGUGGGGGCUCACAGCCAGGACGACUGGAUCCAACCUCAACAGAUGACAAGCAGUUGGCCAUCAGAUCAAACUCAGGCCACGCUUCAAACACCUGCCAAUGCCUGGGUUUCAGUCAGCUCCUCUCCUAAACUUCCUCUCCAGCCAACCACAAAUAGCUGGAGUCAUCAGCCACCUCAUUCAUCUGUGAGUAUGCAGGCCAGCAGCCCUUCUUACCGCCCCUAUUCACCCCCAAUCAGUAAAUCAGACAGCACUCCAAAUUUAGUUGCUUCUUCUUCAUCACAGACAGAAAAGUCAUACAUCCAUGUAACAAAAGCCUCCCAAGUUUCUUCAAAGGUCCAAACCUCCAGCAAAGGUGUCAGUCAGGCUGCAGGAGGUGCAACCAUGGCAGGAAAGGGCGCACAAUUGUUUGCUAAAAGACAGUCUCGCAUGGAGAAGUUUGUUGUUGACUCAGAAACGGUGCAAGCUCACCAAACCAGACCCCAUUCGCCAACCCUGUCCCUCCCUAACUCUUGGAGAUAUUCAUCCAAUAUUCGAGCCCCACCUCCUCUGUCAUAUAAUCCUCUGCUUUCCCCAUUUUACCCCCCAUCAGCCGCCAAGAAGCCCCCUCCCAUAAACCCAGAAGUAAAGUCCAAAGAGAAACCUAAAUCAGCCCCAAAGCAGCUCAACGCCUUAGAUAUUAUGAAACACCAGCCGUACCAGUUGGACUCGUCACUAUUCAAGUAUGAUGCGGUCCCUGAGGGCAAAGCCCCUAGUCCUAAACCGACUCCUGCAUCAAAGUUUGAAGUCACCAAAAGUCGCAAACAAAGAUCAGCCUCCCUUCAUUCUUCCUAUAAAAGCUCAGAGCUCUCCGCUCAGAGCAAAGCAGAGACUCCUGCUAAGUCCUCUGAAUCGGUAAGUCUCCAAAUUUUCUCUGCCAAAAACACGAGAUCAGCUGGGCUGGUGGAGGCUGACAAGCAUUUGGAUAAACAGCUCACUGUCACAACCACCGCCCAUCACGUAAGCAGCCAGCAAGCACCAAGAGCCCCAUUUGCAAGCACAUCAUCUCAGCACUCGUCCCUCGGUGACAGCAUAGCUUCAGCUUUCUCUCCUGCAUCUCUUAUUGCUAGAGGCGCACGUCAAAUGGCUCCUCGGCCAAAGUUUUCUGCAAAGAAACCAGUGGUGACAGGCAAGCAGUGGAAGCCUGUUGCUCUGCUUCAUUCGAUCUGAUACCGAACAUUGUGCUGAUUUGGUAAAGUCUGAGACAUCAUUUGGUUACCUCCAACUCUGUGACUUCUUUUAUGUCUUAACAGGUAAAAUUUUAGAGUUUUGCACUAAAUCUACAUGUUAUCCAAAUUAAACCACACAAAUGUUAAGAAAAAAAAACUUUAUUUAAUCCAGUUUGAUUAUUAUUGGGCCAACUUGUGCCAGAAAUUGAUUUUCUUAUGUCAAGUUUGAAUAUUUGCAAUAAUUCCAAAUAACUCCUGAAACAUUUAAUUGUUUCAACAGCACGUACAAUGUCUGAACAUUUUCAGAAGCCCCUGAAAGUGUCUGUGCAUUUCGAAAAGUGAAGAAAAAUCAUGCCAAGAUUGUCAGGAAGGGCCAUUACUUUUAUCACGUUGUGUGCACAGAGGCUUAUAGAACUAUUUGGCUUGCUCUAUGUCAGCCGUACUUUUACAUAGCAUCAAAAAUUAUUGAACUGCCAAAAAAAAGUGGAAAUUUUACAUGUUUGGAAAAAACAAUGUUUCACCUCUUUAGGAUUUUCUUAUUUAUGUUUGAAGCUAACCUGUAUUCACACUGUAUUUGUGUGCACAUAAUGGUUGAUUCCUUCAGUCUCAUUCCAGACUUGGAUGGUGUCACAACAGGUAAAUGUUUCACUGCUGUGAUUAGAAAUCCUCAUAACUUUAAAUUUAUUCAUUUAUUUUUACUGUGAGAAUGUAUUUCCUGCAACCAAUUGUUGUGACCAGUUUCCAGCUGUCAGAAAAGUCACUAGACAAUCUAAAAACAAAAAUGUUAAAGGAUCGAGCCCUUAUUCAUAAAGCACAUGAGCAAAAAGAGAACAGGGAAACAACCCUUCUGUUAAUUGCACUUCUUCUAGUGAGCAUAGUCACAUGAUUAAACUUCUUUUUCCUCUUUUGUGUUUGUCUUGU